GGAAGCGGAAACUAGGGUUUGGGUCCUAUCCCGCAAGCGUCGGCCGGACGUUUGACACUCAUGGCUUUGAGCAUUUCCUAUUCAAGAUGCACACUGGGUGCUACCCACCAUAUGCCAGCCAGUGUCGUUUUGUGUGUCCAGAUCGACGUGCUUUAAGGACAGCAAGAACACACAUUACCAUGGAUAGGAACAAGUCCCAGUCUUCCAUGAUUUGACUUAUAAAGUCUCGCCGACAAACUUCAUCGAGAAAUCAACCGCCCUUUCACGCUUGGCUUAACCUUCCUGCGAAUCAGUGGAAGAAACUCUAUCCCUGAACUCACGCGAUGCAGCUCCCGCCCUCAUUGACUGCGGCCCUGCAGUCGGGCAUCGCCAAGCGACGACAGCAAGGCCAAUACUUUGAAAUGAGCCCUCCUGCCACCGAAAUGGGCAUGGUUGACUUCGGGUCCAACGACACACUAGGUCUCCGAUCCAGUCCCUCCAUGCACGAAAUCUUCCACGGAGAAUUGAGAAAGAGUACUGAUUUCGUUAUCGGAGCUGGCGCGAGCCGAUGCCUCGGGGGUUCCACCAACGAGGUCACGAAAUUGGAGAGACUGCUAGCCGACUUCCACCACGGCAAAGAGGCCGUGUUCUUCAACUCAGGAUACGAAGCCAACGUUGGCAUAUACAGCACCUUGCCUCAACCAGGGGAUGCCAUUAUCCACGACUUCAUGGCCCACGCAAGCAUUCGUGACGGAAUCCGCUAUGGCCGUGCGUCCAUCGUGAAAGUGUUUGCACAUAAUGAUCUCCAGUCGCUAGACGAUGUGCUUGAAGAGGUUAAGCUCGGCUCGGCCGAUAUUAGCUGCGGGAGAAGAACGGUGUUCAUUGCUCUGGAGUCGUUUUACAGUAUGGAAGGCGAUAUCUCGCCCAUCCCGGAGAUUCUUUCGCAUGUCAGAAGUUCUCUACCGGCUGGCAAUGGCGUGCUCAUAGUUGAUGAGGCUCACUCGACGGGUAUUGUUGGACCCAACGGCUCAGGAUACAUAUGUCACUUGGGACUGGAGAAGGAACCCAUUAUUUCGAUGCAGAGCUUUGGCAAAGGCCCUGGUGCUUUGGGUGGUGUAGUUAUUUGCGAUCCUUUGACCAAAGAAUACAUGGCCAACUUCGCACGAGGCCUGGUGUACUCGACUGGGCCUUCCUUCCCCACAAUCGCCGCCAUCAGAGCUUCGAUCGCCACCCUCAGCAGCACAGACGGGGAGCAGCGCCGCCAGAGGCUCCGCGCAAACAUCAGAAUCUUCCACCAGUGCAUCCUCAUGCAUCCAAGGCGGCAGGCUCUAUCAAACUCUGGGGUUCUAAAAUUCCCCUCCAUUGAGCAGACGAAGAACGAUGAGGUGUUCGUGGCCAUCAUCCCCAUCAUCACUGAGCAAGGACAGUGCCACAAAUUACAGCAGAGACUGCAGGAAUACAGGUUCCGCACCCAUGCAGUCCGAUAUCCCGUCGUCCCGAAGGAGGAGGAGCGCGUCCGCUUGAUGCUACAUGCGGAUAACAGGCCGGACGAGAUCAGAGGCUUUGCGCGAGUGUUAAUGGAAUGGGGCUGGGAAAUGAUGCAGGUUGGGCCCAGGCCCCGGUCUCGACUGUAAUCUGGCAGAACGCAAAGGCUGGUGUACAAAUGCUGGUUCGGGAUUGUAGGUCAUGACGCUCGCUUAUAUACUGCACACAUCAC